GUAUGUAAACAAAUAAUGAGAUUAAUUUCAACAUGGCUGACAUUAUCCACGUGAAAGCCUUAUCCGCAUGGAAAUCGGUUGAUUUUAGUCACUUAAAAACUUCAAAAUCUGAUUUUGAUGGUAUCAUAAGUUUUGAAGAACUCACUGAUUAUGAAAUUAUCAAGAACAAUGACAUUGGUGGAAAGAAGAGAAAGAAAACGAAAAGUGGAGAGAUUGCAGAGAAUGAUGUGUUGCUGGAAUCAAGCAAAGGAAAGAAGAUGAAAAAGGGAAAGAAAGCAAAGAUGUCACAUGACUCGGACAUAGUUGAAGAAAAUGGCAGUGGUGGGAAUCUGGAAGAGAAGCCAAAUAUUGCUAGAGAGGAGGAAGAAGAACUGAUGAUGAAGGAAAUGUUGAAAUUGCACAAAAAACGAAAGGAGAAGCAAAAAAAGAAAAGGAAACAGAAAGCAGACAGCGGCAAAACAAUGUCUGAAAAGGGGACAGAAGAAUCUAUCAAUUCAAAAAUGCAUACAAAUAAAAAUGUUAAGAAACAAAAAAACACACAUGACUCAGAAACAGUGAAAGUUACGGGUGAACAACCUAUAGUAGGAACUGUUGUAAAAACUGCAGACACAAAUGUUGAUAACAUUGCUCUGAUUAUGGUAGAAAAUGUAAACAAGGAAAAAGACAUUGAAAAACUUAAAAUGAAGAAAAAGCUUGAAUUGAAAAAGAAGAGGAAGGAAAAACAAGAGUUGAAAAAGAAACAAAAAAAGGAGACACAGAAAAAGAUGGUUGAAGAUAAGAAGACAGAAAAGAAGGGUCAGCCCCAAAUUAAGAAACAAAAGCUGCAAAACAGUUCUGCAGAGACUUGUGUGAUUGAUGAAUCACUUGAAGGUAUGGAGAAUUGGCAGGAGCUGUUCGUGCCCAGACAGGUGAUGUGGGCCCUUCGAGAUCAGGGGUUCAAGGAGCCCACCCCCAUACAGGCCCAGAUCUUGCCCUCCGCCAUAAGGGAUCAGAUGGACAUUGUCGGGGCAGCUGAGACGGGCAGUGGAAAGACAUUAGCAUUUGGAAUUCCUGUCCUGCAUUUUAUCUUGGAGCAGAAAAAGUUGGAGCUUGAAAAGGAUUCAGUGGACAGAGGCGCUGACAGUGGAGUGGACAGCAUGAUUGUUGACAGUGAUAAAGACGAUGGGGAAGUUUAUCAGGCAGUGAGUAGGGACAGCCAAAACUUUAAGCAAGAUACUCACACAGAAAUGGAGGAGAAAGAAGGAAGCAGUGAAUCCGAGGAAGAAGAAUUAGAAGAAAUAUCAGAGGAUGGUAAAGGGUGUGUCCGAGUGGUCAAGGACGUGGACAUGAGCUGGAUGACCUCUGACCCUGCACCGAUGGGUCAAGGUCAUUUAGGGGUUACAACCCCACGAAGGUCGUACCCGCGGGCGUUGAUCCUUGAGCCCACACGAGAGUUGGCCAUCCAGGUUAAGAACCACCUUCAGGCUGUGGCCAAGUACACAGAUGUGAAGAUAGCAGCAAUAGUAGGGGGCCUGGCUCUUGAGAAGCAGAGGAGGAUCCUCAAGAAGUGUCCGGAUGUGAUUGUGGCCACCCCUGGAAGACUGUGGGAGCUGGUGCAAGAGGGUGAGGUGUACCUAUCAGAGGUGGAGAAGACGCCCCAUGUGGUGGUGGACGAGGCAGACAGGAUGAUAGAGAAGGGACACUUUGAGGAGCUCUCUAAACUGCUCGAGAAGAUGAAACGGGAAGGUAACAGUGAGACUCGCCACACGUACGUGUUCUCUGCCACUCUCACACUGAUACACACCGGGCCACAGAGGGUCCUGCAGAAACGCAAGAAAAAAAUGGACGAGAAGACGAAACUUAUAUAUCUCAUGAAGAAGAUGGGACUGAAGCACAAGCCGAAGGUGGUGGACCUGACCACCAAGAUGGGGACGGUGGACUCAUUGACGGAGGCCAGGAUCAACUGCACCAAGGAGGAAAAGGACAUCUACCUGUACUACUUCCUGAAGCAGUACCCCGGUCGGACUCUGGUGUUUGCCAACAGCAAGGACUGCAUACGCAGGCUAGUGUCUCUGUUUGGGCUCCUGCAGUGCCAGCCCCUGCCCCUACACGCCGACAUGCACCAGAGACAACGACUGAAAAACCUCGACAGGUUCACAGCCAAUCCUCGAGGUCUGCUGCUGGCCUCGGACGUGGCUGCCCGCGGCCUUGACAUUCCCAACGUGCAGCACGUGAUCCACUACCAGGUUCCUCACACAGUGGAGAAUUACGUCCAUCGCAGUGGUCGUACUGCGCGUGCUAAUAAAGAGGGUCUCAGCGUGAUGAUUGUUGGACCCGAUGAUGUGAAGAACUACCGGAAGAUUAUCAGCACGCUCAAUAAAAAUGAGGACCUCCCAAUGUUUCCGACGGAACAGGAAUAUGUUGCUGAAAUAAGAAAUCGCGUGAAUCUUGUCCGCAAGAUUGAGUCAGAAGAGUACAGGUUUAAGAAGAAGAAGCGUCAGAAUGAAUGGUUUGAGAAGGCAGCCGAGGAGGCAGGGAUAGAUAUAGAAGAUGAAGGGCUAUUGGAUGAUAUAGGAGACGAUGUGGCGCAGGCCAAACAUCAACAGUAUCUGCAGCGUAUGAAGCACGAGCUGGCCCUGAUGCUCAAGCAGCCUGUGCACACCCACUCCUCCUUCACAAAGUACCCAACAAAGUCCGGGAGACUGGUACUCCCAGCAACAGACGUCAAUACUAAAGAUGCCCUUACACAGAUCAAAAAGAGCAGGAAAUCUGAUGAAGAAAAGGUCAAAGAUCAAGGAGAGGUCACUAAACCAAUGUCAAGCUCUCAGAAACGUCGACUACUAAGACUGAAAAAACGACUUGAAACGGCAGAAAAUGAGCCGAAGACAGCAGAAAUAGAGCAAAAGACUGAUUUAUAGUGUAAAUUUGUCGUCUUUUAAUGGAGAUAUGUAGUUAUGAAUCUUUCGUUUUAAAAUACAGUAUCAAAAACGAUGAA